AUGUAUAAGAAUAAUACAUUCCAGCCCUUUACGCAUGCUUCAGUGUGCAAGCCAAAUAAUCCAAAAGGUGUAAAAAAGGAGAUUAUUUUUCCAGUGCGUUUAUACAAAAAUAAGAAUGAAACUAAUGGAUAUCAUAUUAUGCAGUUUAAUGAUCGUUCAAAAACUGGAUUCACUUCAUGGAAAGAUGUUACCUUGGAAGGUGAUUUUAAUAUGGAUACGGAAUCCAGUACUCCUACAAAGGAUUACGAUCUGAAAGAAUAUGAAGAGCAGCGUCGCAAAAAAUAUGGUAUGGUACCAAAAAAUGAUAUUUCUAAAGCUGAAAAAUGGAAAAUUAACGUGAACAAUAAUGGAUGUGAACAUUAUAAAGGUGAGAUGACAGAUCAAGACACGGAGAAUUGCGUUUUUUUUGUUGCUGAAAGAAAUGUUUGUAGUGGUGGUUUGGUGGUUCGUCAGAUUACCAAUUGGUAUAACUUUGAAGAACAUACUUCAUAUACAGGUCACAACGUAGAAAACGCUGCAAUGCAAUAUAGAAACAGAAAGAGAGCUUUUAAUUAUUUUGCUUCAAAGUUACAGCAUCAGGCAAAAGCAAUCACAGAGAGAGAACGUGCUAUUAAAAAAACCAAAGUUGGUGGUACGACCGAAAGCUAUGAUUUCGAUGAGAAAACAGGUGUUAAUGAAAAAGAAAAUGAUAGCGAUAAUGAAGGAUGUUUUAAAAAUAUAAAAAAAGGAUCUCAACCGUCAAAUGAUGCAGAUAAUAUUGAGGAUAUUGCCAAAAGAAAUGAUUAUUACGGGUCAUCCAGUGAGGAAACUUCAGAAUUCGAGGCUUUUUACUACGGCAAGACAAUGUAUAAAAAAUUAAAUUCUAAGCAAAAGAAAC